GAUGCUUAAGAAGAGCCGCAUUUUGGCAUGCGGUGGCAACUGCGCUUUUUAGCGAAGGGGCCGCAACGUGAGCGCGCAACACAUACGACUUGCACAUUUUUUGCUUACACCCGGCGUCGCUUGGCGAUCUGCCUUCAAACUUUGAAACGCGAACAGCCGAUUGGGUCCUUCUACCUUGUCGAGGGUUGAUGCGUAGUAUUGGAUCGGAACGAUUUUUUGGUCACAGACGUAUGAAUCUCUAGCAACGUCAAACCGCGCCUGCGGGGCGCCCACUUGCCGGCCGGCACGUUUUCGCGUCAAGGCGCUGAAAUGUCGAGUUCCUCCCACUUCAUCACGCGCGGUGGCUGUGCUAGCAGUGGAUGUCUACUGCAGCAGCAGAAGGAUGUGACACACCGUGUGGACCCCAGCGCCGUCGAGGAUCAAUGCGCGAGCUUCCACUUGGGCAGCACAGCGCGGGCUUUCUCAAGAAGGAGCGUGUGCCGUAUUCGGGUAUCUCCCUCGAUGACCUGGAAACGAGCCCAGCUCUGCGCGGCGGACCGUCGGAGCGCCGCGACGGACUGGUCGGUUGCACCUGAGGAGUCCCCAGCGCGCCCCACCUCACGCAGCGGAUGUCGCUACGGCAACGCUAACAUUGCACCCGCCCCAGCCUCACACGAAUGUCUGGAUGGCACACAAACGAGCCGUGAUAGUUCUGAAAACGCCACAGCUUCGUCCAGCGACUUGCAACGCCAGGCGCUGCUACAGUUGCUCGGCCCUUCGACGCACCGUGGGCACACGACUGGGUUGGGCCUGCUGGCGCUGGCCCAGGCGCACCUCGGCCUGGCCGGCGCCGCUAGCACGACAUCAGCAUCAGCAUUGCCUGACAGCACCACGACACCGGCAUUGCCAGGCACCGGAUCACAGCGGGCAGGCGCGCUGUCCAGGGGCCUGCUACAGCCGGUGAAGGUGGUGGCGGCACAGCAGGAGCGGGAGCAGCAGCAGCAGGCGCCAUCGGUGAUGCGCUUGCAGGCGGCGUGCCUGGCAUCUGUAGCGGCGGCAUUGGUGCGCUUGCCGCAGGUGGCGGUGGAGCAGCACGGCCAGCAGGGUAGCGCAGCAGCUGCGGCGGCACUGUCGGUGCCCUCAGGCCUCAUGCAGCUACUCGGCGGAGGGGGCGUGCGGGCGGCCAGUGGCGCGGGCAGCAGCGGCGGCAGCGGAGCGGCGGCGACAGCCACAGCAGCGAUGGCCGGCUCCCAGCAGCCCGCAACGGCGGCAGCGGUCACGGUCUCCGCUGCGGCGGCAUCCGCUCCCUCUGCUGCGGCGGUAGCGCGUAACGCUGCGGGCGCGGCUGCCGCCGCCGCAGCUGCAGCAGCUGCCGCGGCUGUAUCAACACAGAGCGCGAGCAACAACGUUUGUAACAGUAUGGGUGAAAGGGUUGGUGCGGGCAGCAAGGCCACUACAGCUGUGGCCAAGGCCGGCGACAGUAAGAAGCAGCAAGCAGCAGCGGCCCCGCCGUAUCACGGGGCGGCGAAGGGGCAGUCACAGGAACAGGAGCAGGAGGUGGCGGUGGCGGUGGCGAAGCCCAAGCCAGCAAUGUUUGAGAACCCAGUCCGGUACCUGAAGCUGCUGUUCAGCGGCGCCAUGUCGGCGGUGGUGAGCCGCAGCUGCGUGGCGCCCCUGGAGCGCGUCAAGAUGGACCUGCUGCUCAAGAACGGUACCGGGGACGCCGUGACCACCGCGGCCCAGGUGCUGCGCACUGAGGGCAUCGGCGGGUUCUGGAAGGGCAAUGCGCUCAACGUGCUUCGCACCGCGCCCUUCAAGGCCGUCAACUUCUUCUCGUUCGACAUGUACCACGCGGCGCUGCUGGGCUUCAGCGGCAUAGACGGCAACAUGGAGCGAUUCCUGGCGGGCGCAUGCGCGGGAGUGACUGCCACGCUGGUGUGCUUCCCACUGGACGUGGUGCGCACGCGGCUGAUGGCGGGCGCCGUGGCGGGGCCGCGCUACGGUGCCGGGCCCUUCACCACCCUGGCGGGCAUCCUCAAGCACGAGGGGGCGCCGGCGCUGUACUCGGGCUGCCUGCCCGCCGUCAUCGGCAUGGCUCCCGCGGGCGCCGUGUUCUAUGGCGUGUACGACUUGCUGAAGGCGCGACACCUGGCAGCCCUGGUGGCGGAGCGAGAGGCAGGCGCAGUGUCAGGGGCGGGGGCGGCGCACCGCCUGGGGCAGGGGCAGGGCCUGGCGGCGCCCAACGUGCCACCGCAGUACACACUGCUGUACGGAGCCAUGGCGGGCGCGGCUUCGGAGCUGAUCGUGUAUCCGCUGGAGGUCAUUCGGCGCAAGAUGCAGCUGCAGUCCAUGGCGCUGGCCGGCAUGAGGGCGGCGGCGGCCGCGGCCGGAGGCAGUGCCGGCGGCGGCGCCGCGGGCGCGGCGGCGGCCGGCGGCGGCGCAGCCGCUGGAGGCGGUGCUGCCUCAGGCGGCAGCCUGGCUGCCGCCGCACACAUGCACCACCACCAUCAGCAGCUGCACCACCACCUGCACAACGCGACAGGCGCCGCUGGCGCCGGCGCGGGCGCCGCAGGCGGCGGCAGCGCUGCCGCUGCCGCCUCCUCGGCGUUGCGCUACGGCGGCGGCGGCCACCACCUGGCCGGCGCGGCGAAGCGGCGGCUGCUGGCGUUCAGCACCAGUGCGGCAGUGGCAAACAGCCCGGGCCUGGCGCGGGUGGCGGCGGCGAUCGCGGCCAUUGUGCGGGCGGACGGGCUGAGGGGCUUCUACAGCGGCCUGCUGCCCAACAUGCUGCAGGUGCUGCCCAGCGCCGCGCUGAGCUACUACACCUAUGACACCCUCAAGACGGUGCUGGGAGCCAGAUAGCUACCAGGGCACGCUUGGCUGGGUGGUUAAGCGUGUGUGCGAAGGUGGGCUAGCAACAUGAGUGCUUGCGACGGGGUGUGGGCGCCAGGCCCAGGCUCGUAGCCAAACCACAGUGAGGAAGCAGCUGGGAGCUGAAACGCCCUUUGCUGUGAGAGAAUCACGCGAGUAUUGUACUGAGGGGCAGAGUUAAAGAUUUAGAGAGGCUUCAGGCAGCUGUUUUGCAAGUGGCGAGGGAAGGUGUAGGUGAUGGAAUGGUAGCAAGGUGAGCAUGUGCUUAGGUCUUUCAAGAUGAAUACUGAGAAGAAACAAUCCCUAGUAAGCGGAUCAGCGGAAUAUUUCAUUUCUCAUUGUGCUAAUGGUGCUUGCGUGUGUCAGUGCGCGGUAUACGUCUGGGCCGUCACUGCCUGUCUUAGUCUUAGGUUCACCAAGGCUGUCACAGGCACGGGUGCUACGUGUGUGUGGCGUGGAAGGAGUGGGGCGGGCGUUCGUUGCCGAUGCGCAAGUGCGGCUGGCCGGGGUCUGCAGACAUGUGACUGGCAGGCUCAGGGUGGGAGCUUUCAUUGUGCCCAACCAGAUGUGUGUAUGCUGACGGGGUAGGUGCGCCAUGGCAGUAACAAGAGGUGCUAGCAAUAAGAAGGCGGUGAGGCAGAUUUGGGCGAUGCCACGACAUUUUGACAAUUGGGCGCUGGGAGAGCUCUUCAGUGCGCAGGAAUCACCGGGACUGGUUCGAUGUCGGAUGUGCACGCGUGCGUUUCCAGGAGCGGAUUUGGCGAAGACUCCAUGCAUGCUUCAUAGGGUGCACCCAUGCAUGCUACUGGGACGCUGUUAAUGAAAUUACAGCGUGGUGGCCGUUGCUGAGCCUGAUGCAAUUACGGUAGUGUUAUAGUGCUCCGCGCGCGUGCAGCAGGACAGGGGGCAACGCCGCCGGACCCUUAGCCAGCGCUAGGGUGUCUACUCACGGUGUGUACUCCCCACCUGGAUAACGCUGGCGGGUGCCGCUUGUCGAUUGUAAGCGCUGUCAGUUACCUGAAUGUAGGGGCCGUGGGCCAUCAGGAGCCGUCAGCUCCUCAUAGCCAACAGAUAUGCGCGCUGCCCGGUGCGUGGAACCCUCACCAACAUUGCAGUGUAAGGGGGCUAGCGA